AUGGCGGAGGGCAGGAGCCUGUCCGAGGUGCGUGCGCUCGUUGGGGCUUCGCAUGGCAUCACUGAUCUGGCCCACAAGCUUCACUUCUAUGACCAAUGGGCUCCGAACUAUGACCAGGAUGUGGCUGCCCUGCAGUACUGCGCUCCCCGCCUCGCAGUCGACUGCCUCACCCAAGCCCUUCCGGAUCCACCCCACGCUGCCCUGAUCCUGGACGUGGCCUGUGGUACUGGCCUCGUGGCUGCAGAGCUGCAGGCUCGGGGCUUCAGCCAGCUGCAUGGGGUGGAUGGAAGCCCAGGGAUGUUGGAUCAGGCCCGGGCCCGCGGCCUCUACCAGUGCCUCAGCCUCUGCACCCUGGGCCAGGAGCCACUACCCAGUGCUGAAGGGACCUUCGACGCGGUGCUGAUGGUGGGUGCCCUCAGUGAUGGCCAGGUGCCCUGCAGCGCAAUACCUGAGCUCCUGCGAGUUACCAAGUCAGGUGGGCUGGUUUGUAUGACCACCAGGACCAACCCAUCCAACCUUCGAUACAAAGAGGCGCUGGAGGCCACCCUGGACAGGCUGGAGCAGGCCGGGGCAUGGGAACGCCUGGUGGCCCGGCCUGUAGACCGGUGGGAACUGGCCACCUCCGAGCUCGAGGUGGGGCCUGGCACCUCCGACAGCGACGGCUUCAUCUCUGGCAUCAUCUACCUGUACCGGAAGCAGGCGGCAGCCCAGGCUGUGGGAGGGAGGCCUGGUGCCUAG